UAAAAUAGCCAUAUUCAUUUUCUAAACGUAAGCUAUUGUCCAUGUGUACAUAAAUUACUUCUUUUUAUGUUAGUUACAUAAAUUUAUUCUGAAACAACCAAUUUACAUUAAUCAAUUUUAAAUUGUUAAGGGGAAUCAGGACGACUCCAUAGCUGCUACUCCUGCUCCUCUUGUGAUGCCAACUGCUGAUUUUGCAAUGGAAGAGGUUGGUAUUCCAUCAAUCAAUCUCUUUGAGGAGCACCAAGCUUAUCUGGAUAUAUUCGGGGAUAUGGGAGCUUCAUUCAAUGCACCGAUGUCCUUGAUUUUGUCAUCUUUGGAUUCCAUUACCCAAUCUACUGCGGAUGAGCAUGCUGCGCUGCGAGUGUUGUUAACUCUAAUACUGCUGCUGCACAUGUGCACUCUGUUGCCUCUCCCUUGGCCCCUUUUGAAGCAGUUUUGGCUGCUCCUGAAGCAACUACUGCUCACAAUCCAGCUUCUUCUACUAUGGCGGUUGCGAAAAUCCAAAAUUCUCCACACUGCCUCGCACUCAUCGGCUCGUCUGGCUGCACGAUUUCCCUGCAUCUCUUCUGAGGAUGUUUCUAUUCAGAGCCUGUGCAAUGAUAUACAACCUUUGGGGAUCCCUAGCAACAACUUUUCUAUUUCAAGCUCCGACGAAGAUGGUGGCUUUGAUGGGCUAGAGCAAGAGUCACAGGUGGAAGGCGUGGUCUAGUGGAAGCUGUAGACGGUUGAUAUUCGGAG